CAGGGCUCCGUCCAUCGCGCACCAAACCCUGCCCCUCGCAAUGCCCCCGCACGAGCCGCCAGCAGAGGCCGCGCCUGGCCGAGAGGGCAGCCCCAGCCCAGCACCCGGCCCCAGCGGCGCUCACAGUGAGGUGCUGAUCAGCACAACCUUCGGGCCUCGGGAUUUCUUGGAGCGGUGGGCGGAGGCGCUGCGGGCCCACGGCCUGGUUGUGCAGGCCUGGCCCGACGCCGUCGGCGACCUGUCGCGGGUCGAGUUUGCCGUCACGUUUGACCCGCCGCCCGGCCUGCUGGCUCGCUGCCCCAACCUCAAGGCCAUUCACAGCAUGGGCGCGGGCGUGAGCCCCGGCAUGCUGGGCGGCGACGUGUGCCCAGCCCACCUGCCGCUGCUGCGUGUGGUGGAUCCGCUCAUGGCGCAGCGCAUGGCCACCUUUGUGCUGUGGGCUGUCAUCAACUGCCAGCGCAAGUGCGACGAAUACCUGGCGGCGCAGCAGGCACAGAGCUGGGACCAGGGGAAAGCGGUGGAGAGCUACCGACAAGUGGACAAUGGCGAGCUCCGAGUGGGGGUGAUGGGGGCGGGCCACCUGGGUUCUGCCGCCAUAGACCUCCUCCUCAAGUGCGGCUAUUCCGUCAACGCGUGGACUCGCACCCCCCGCGCCCUGCCCGGCGCCGCCUGCUUCCACGGCCGCCCCCAGCUGCACCGGUUUGCGGAGCGGUGCGACGUGGUGGUCUGCCUGGUGCCGCUCACGCCUGAGACAAGCGGCAUCCUCGACGCCGCCUUCUUCGCCUGCCUGCCGCGUGGCGCCAUCCUGGUCAGCCUGUCGCGGGGCCAGCACCUGGUGGAGCCAGACCUGCUGGCGGCGCUGGACAGCGGGCACCUUGCGGGCGCGGUGCUGGACGUGUUUCGCCAGGAGCCGCUGCCGCCAGACUCCCCGCUGUGGCGUCACCCCAAGGUGCGGGUGUUCCCCCACGCCAGCUGCACCCCAGACAUGCCACGCGCGGUGGCCCAGAUGGUGCGGCUGCGGGAGCUGCUGCUGGCGGGAAAGCCGCUGCCGCCCGAGGUGGUGGUGGACCGGCAGCGGGGUUACUAGCCGGGCUUGCUGGCAUGCUGCCGCCUGGGGGCUCUGCCCCGCUGGAUGUAAGGGUUCUAGGGUGGGUUUUAGAUUUUAUCUAGAUUUUAGAGGCGAGAGCAUUUGUUUGGUGCAGCGAUGGUUGUGAGCUCUGCUGAUG